CACCUUGCUGUAACGGCAUCAUCUCUGUCCACAAGCACACCCGACGACUCGACGACUCUGAACAAUCACGCCGAUAACGAUCAUGUUCGACUUUAUGCGCAGGAAGAAAGACAUGCAGUCCGAGAUGGAUGCGCCACCAGCGAAGUCCAAGGACAAACAGAGGCUACGCCGCGCCUCCCUCAUGUCACCCGUAAGACCACGAGCGUCCAAGAAACGCGACCGUCCAAUGAGCGGCUCUUUCAUUCCAGGCAAUGUGCCUUCCCAAGAGAGUAUCACCGUUCGGCCGCCAUGCCCGCGAGCAGAUAGUUCGUCGCGCUCAGCGAGCUCAUUUGACUUCCGCAACCCAUUCCUCGAUGACGGAGAGCCAUCAAUAUCGGGUAGUCAGCUGGAUCUGACGCAGCCCGUGGGUAGCUCGAGCUCCGAGCUCCCCACCACACACAUCCGCCAAGUGGUGAGGGGUUCGCCAACAAUAGUACACCCACCGAGCGAAUUCGCGGAGGUGUUUUACCCUGUCGAGAUGGGAGCCCCGAAAAUGGUGGACCCAUUUGCGGACGAAGUUCCUUCCAUUCGAUGCCACAGUGAACCUGGCGAAGACGAAGUUUUAGAAGAGGGUGCAAUGAUAAAGAAGGCGUCUACGAGACGCAGACGGCGAAGCAGUGCUACCGCAGUCUGUCGCAAACCCGCGGAUUACUUGCAUGUCAACAUUCCUGUCACGAUGUUCAGCCCACCAAUAGGCGUAGCACGUCAGGAGAUAUGGGCAAGAGUGUAACGUUCUACUUACGAUUUGGAUGCAUACUAGCAUGGGACACUGGAUAGUGGACGUCGGACCUUAGGAUGGAUACUGUAAAUUAUUGCACAAAAGUAGUGUAGGAUAUGAUAUGCUGUAUGUUCAAACGUUCA